AUGAAUUCUAGAAUAUGCAAUUUCCUAAUUUCGUUUUGGUUACAUUUAUUCUUUCAAUGGUCCGGCGCUAUCACAGAAAACAGUUUUCCCAUAUCGAAAGAGCUCCUGACCUACAGAACGAUAUCAACCUUUCGGAAAUAUUGUACGUGUCCAAUGAUUUAUUCGUGUUCCUGCUGUCAGACUGUGAUUAUCUUACGUACUAAAGCUGAAAAAAAUCUUUGCGUGAAUGUUGCUUAUCAAAGGAAUGGAUUAAAUUUCAUCGUGAUGUUGAAUUCCAACAGUAUACAAAUCAGAAGCGUUACGGAUUAUAAACCGUUCAAGUUCUGCGUUAAUGUACCAGGAUGUUUUUUUUCAUCCGCCUGUGUUAACGUUUUGGAGCUUAAUCAGUUUUCCAGGUCCAUUACGGUUUGCCUUCGAUUAGACGUUCUCUCUAAAAAACGACACUGGCAGAUGAAUUAUGAUUGCGUUAGCAUAGCAACGAAACAAACAACGAAUGGAACUGAAAUAUCUUUUGCGACGUCUACAACACUGAAAAUGACGUCGGCAUUAUCUAGCAGUCAGAUUACGACGAUAACUACGAUCACGACGACAACAAUGACAACUAAAGCCAACACUGAAGGUAUGACUCGAGAUGUGGAAGUAUUGACGGUACCAGAAAGCGAAUCUACAACGAUCGUAGAUAUUGAUUGACCACAAAAUGGUAUACUUUCAAAAAUGG